AUGGAAGACGGAUCAGAGAAUAUGGGCAAGGGUGAUGUGCCCGUGAAGGUCGGGGAAGAAUCUUUUACGUUUUACCUGUGGUGCUCUCAGUUUGAGGUAGAUCUGUAUCAAAAUGAGUCAGCCUGUCAGACUCCCCUGGACUGGCAGUACCAUGAGGAGAUCCUGAAACAGGAGAAGGCUGGAGGUCGGAAGAACUAUCGCAUCUUCACCUACACUGAUCAUGACCGAUUCACCAACCUGGAAGAGCACUGCCAGAAGGUUACUGACUCAGUUCAUGAGGUGCCAUCGUAUCUGGCAGAGAGGAUGGCCACUGUGAGGAGGAGAAGACAAGACCGUAGGCCAAUAGAAGGGAGUUCUCUGAAGUCGAAAGUCAUCACUUGGGAGCCCUCGGAAGAAUUUAUAAAGAACAAUCAUGUGAUUAACACUCCUAUUCAGACCAUGUACAUCAUGGGGGACUUGGGACCUUAUGGAAAGCUUGGUCACAGGGAAUAUGAACAUGUUCUUUGUACAAUCAAGGUAGACAGCAAUGGUGUGAUCACAGUGAAGCCUGACUUUACUGGCACAAAAGGAGCCUACCGGAUUGAGCUGGAUGGAGAGAAGCGAGAGCUGUGGAAAUACACCAUUGAGAAUGCGUCUGUCCAAGUGCAGCAGGAGGAGGAGGAACGGGAGCAGCGUGUGUUUAGAGAUCUGUAUAGUCGGCACAAAGAAUACCUCAGAGGUCUUGUAGGCUCAGAAUUUGAAAUGACUCUUCCUGGUACGCUACGGCUGUUUGUGAAUGGAGAAGUAGUUUCAGCCCAAGGCUAUGAGUAUGACAACCUCUAUGUUCAUUUCUUCCUGGAGCUGCCUAAAGGCUGGUCAAGCCCGGCAUUCCAGCAGCUCUCAGGAGUGACACAGACCUGUGCCACCAAGACAGUGGGCUGGGAUAAUGUGGCAUACUUCUGCUACCCCUUCACUUUGGAGGUGUUUUUCACCCAAGAAGAUGAAUCAGAAGACUCUCUUCCUCAGUGGCCUGUUCUUUACUUUGAGGUUCUAUCCCUGGAUUUCUGGCAGAGGUAUCGUGUUGAAGGAUAUGGCUCUUUGGUGUUGCCAACCUCUCCAGGUCUCCACAUGCUUACCAUCCCUACCUGGCGCCCUGUGGAGUUAGGGACAGUCUCUGAGCUGAGAAGAUUUUUCAUUGGUGGAUCUCCUGAGCUGGAGGACUUAACUUAUGUCAGGAUACCAACAACCUUCAAGGGAGAACGUCUGAGCCGCUUUGGCUUUCGCACAAAGACAACAGGGAGCGUCACGUUCCGGCUUCACUGCCUGCAGCAGUCUAGAGCUUUUCUGGAAACCAGUGCCUUGAGACAGCGCAUGCAGAGUGUAUUGGACUGGCUUGGAGGCUUCAGUCAGCAGAGCUCUGUCUACAGUGUUUUGGAGGCUUUCCAGAGGGCACGGCGCCGGAUGCAGGAAGCACGUGAAAGCCUUCCCCAAGACCUCAUAAGCACCUCUGCCUCCACUGUGCACCAAGCACAAGAACCAUGAUCCACUACCUUGACUGCCUCCAGCCUGGGAGCGCUCAGCAGCUUCUCUCUACUAGAAGGACAAGAGGAGUCACAGUGCUGGUGCCUGGAGGCUUUUCAAGCCCUUCCUUGGCCAUUUUCCCUGGAUGGAGGAAGGAGUCUGUAACACAUGCAGCCCCAGAAUCUUUGCUUUUCCACGGAUACCUGUGGAAGGACCCCCAUUUUUUCAAGGCAUUUGGUUGCCAUGCCAUAAUGAUACAGAUAGUUGUUGACACUUUUGCUGAGCGGACUAAAACACCAAACAUUGGACCUGUGAACCCUUUAACACCUUUUCAAAUAUUCAAUAGUAAGUGAUAAAAAUCUGAAGUCUACAAUGACUUGGUAAAUUUGCUUUUCUUCUUAAAGAAGAGACUGAUGUUGAAGGUCAAGGCAUGAAUGCUAUUUGGGAUUUAAUGAAACGAGUAGGUAACUUCUUGAGAAAUGCUGAUAAUAGUUGUUGGCAUUUGUAGAUACAGGUCAGUCAUCAGUAAAAUGCAUCUAUCCACCUGUGCCUUAAGAUUGACUCAUUUCCAGACAGAAGAACUCUGCCACUGUGUAAUGUAUAAAAUGAAAACAAAGAAAUUGUAUAUGACAAAUUCAGAACUCAAGAAAAGGGUUAAAUUCUGUA